CCUCUGUUUCCCCAGGCCCAGCCCAAAACCUUAAACCCUUAUUAGCUGCAGCAUGGAGGCUGCAAUUGCAAGAUACGCCACUGAUAAGCCCCCCCCCAGAAAGGCGUGAAGAUGAUCCCGGACCCAGGCCGGUGAGUGUGACCCCACCGCUAACUGCUUGGCCGGUAUCCACCGACCAGAAAAAAAAGAGCCGGGUCUAAUGUACGGGUUAGUUCCUCAAUCCCUUCGCCUGUUCUUCCAUCCCUACGUUCCUUUUCUUCAACCAACUCUGUCUUCUGCCCUCCCACCCGGAUCUCCAGGGAAAGAGCCUUGCUUUUUUUCUUUUUUUAUCCCAUCGAGCUUCAUCCUUGUCUUUGGUUGCUGAACUGCCGAGGCGCACGUUCAGCCUUUGGACACAGGCCAGCUCGCUUCGUCUCCGUUGUCGGCCGAACGUGGGCCGUGGGGUCAAAAGAUGGGAUUUGCGUCAUGUCAAUGGCCGGUAUGGCAGCGCGACGACUUCACGCGCUGCUUCCAACAGGACUAUUUGCAGGUUCUGUUGCCGGUAGUAGUCGUCUGUCUCUCCUUUCUGCAUCUAUCCACAAGCAGCAUCUGGCGAGUAGUCAAGAUAAAAUUCGGGCAAUCCAACGGACACUCGCGACUCGCCGCCGACGGUCCCAAUGAGGACUCCGCCAUCGCCCACACCGACGUGCCCCCUGAAGAGGAGCUGGUCAGCGAAAGUGGCGAUGACGAAGACUUGGCUAUCGGCGGGCGCUUGGCAUUGGUGAGGACGACGACGAAAGGGUCGAUAGUCCAGGCCGACACCCCGACCGGCCAGACGCUGUUGGUCGUGGUGGAAGAGCUUGCUAUUGCUGGUCUUGUUGCGGUUAAUGUUGUUGCACUGGCCACGGGCUCCUUCGGCGACAGGGACGGCCAUAUCGCGGCCAUUACCGGCCUGUCCGUCUGGCUCUAUGUGCUCACGCUCACGUCCUUACGGCUCUUCUUGAGCAAGACUCAAUGGCGCGUGCGGCAUCUGUGGAAUCACACUGCUGCCAUCUACAGCCUCCAAUGGCUGUUCACCAUCGCCAUCUUCCGUUCUGUCCUGGUCCAUGCCAUCUCCCCCCUGGCAAGGACCUUGGUGGUUAUCGAGUUCUUGCUAAACACUCUCCUCUUUUCCAUGGCGAUUUCGACGCGCAAGGGGAACAAAACUGUCCUGCUGGAGUGGGAGGAUGGGAUCGAGCCAUCGCGAGAGAAUCUUGCUUCGAUCUUCUCUCGUUAUACCUUCUCCUGGGUUGAUCCCAUUGUGUGGGCUGGCUAUUCUCAACAGCUCGACAUGAAGAAGGUGUGGAACUUGCUCCCCAAGGACAAGGCCGCCGCCGUUCUUGCCAAUUACCGCCAGUUCAAGAAGACAACCAAGCUGGCCUUCCACCUGCUAAGCUACUUCAAGGCCAUGCUUCUCGCCCAAGCUGCCUGGGCCGUCAUGUCAGGUAUCUUCACUUUUGCCCCCACCAUGCUCUUGAAGGCGAUUUUGGAGUACGUCGAGGCCCCUGGAGAGACCCCGAGGAACGUUUUGUGGCUAUAUGUGAUCCUCCUACCACUGAGCGACAUCGUCCGUUCAGUUGGCGAUGCCCAAGCGCUCUGGAUAGGCCGCAGAAUCUGCAUCAACAUUCGGGCUAUUCUGGUAGGCGAGAUCUACGCCAAGGCUCUCCGUCGAAAGGCCUCCAGUGGGAAUGAUUCCGUUCUGGGAUCCGGCAAGGACAACAAAUCUCCGGCGAAGAAGGGAUUCCUGGCCAGGGCCAAGCGCGCACUCGGGCUUGCGAAGGAAGACACCAAACAGCAGAAUGGCCAGCCUGCGGCUCACACCGCUCCAGGCGCCCCAGGCCAGAAAGACAACAGCGCAGCGGACGAACAAGCCAACCUUGGAACCAUCAUCAAUCUCAUGUCCGUGGACAGUUUCAAGGUUUCCGAAGUCACCUCCUAUCUUCAUUUCCUCAUCGCCUCUGCGCCCACUCAACUCCUCGUGUCCAUCAUCUUGCUAUAUAAGGUCAUGGGCCUCAGCGCAAUCCCGGGCUUCGUUGUCAUGGCCUUGCUUCUUCCGAUCAACAUAUUUUUCGGAAAGGCCUUCAACAGCAGCCAGAAGAAAAUCAUGGCCGCAACCGAUAAACGCAUUCACACGACGAACGAGAUCUUGCAGAACAUCAGGAUCAUCAAGUAUUUUGCUUGGGAGCACCGAUUCAGCAACAACGUUGACGUGAAGCGCCGCGCAGAACUUGAGGCGUUGAGAAAGCGAUUUAUCAUCUGGGCUAGUGCCGUGGCUGUUUGGAAUACCGUACCCAUCCUGAUUACCUUCUUCUCGUUCCUGGUCUACACCGUUAUCGAGAAAAAGCCCCUCUAUCCGUCGGUUGCCUUCACGGCCAUUUCCCUCUUUAUGCUCCUCCGGUAUCCCCUCGACCAACUCGGCGACAUGAUCGCACACGUCCAGGAGUCCAAGGUCUCCAUUGACCGUAUCGAAGAGUUCCUGUCCGAGGAAGAGACGGAGAAGUUUGAGCAGCUCGGCCGAGACAACAUCGACGAGAACGGCGACCGUGUGAUUGGGUUCAGAGACGCAACCUUCGUCUGGGGUGGCCGGGAUGUGGUCGCCGAGGACGGAUCGAUGGCAUUCCGCCUACUGGAUCUUGACGUCUACUUCAAGCUUGGCAAGUUGAACGUCAUCACCGGACCCACCGGUUCCGGUAAGACGUCGUUGUUGAUGGCAUUGCUGGGAGAGAUGACCUUGAUGGAAGGCCGUGUCUAUCUCCCGGGCGGCCGCAGCCGAGAGGACGUCCGGCCAGAUCCCGAAACCGGGCUUGCAGAGACAUGCGCGUACGUUGCGCAACAAGCCUGGCUGGUCAACGGAACUGUGAGGGAGAACAUUCUCUUCUCUGCGCCCCUCGAUCAGAAGCGGUACAAGGAUGUGAUUGUGGCCUGCGCCCUAGAGAGAGACCUGGAGAUAUUGGACAAUGGAGACGAGACAUUGGUAGGCGAGAAGGGCAUCACGCUUUCCGGAGGACAGAAACAGCGAAUCUCGUUGGCGCGAGCCGUCUACUCGAACUCCAAGCACCUGCUCCUUGAUGACUGCCUCAGCGCUGUCGACUCCCACACUGGUCAAUGGAUCUUCAACAAUUGCAUCAUGGGCCCGCUCAUGAAGCACCGAACCUGCAUUCUGGUCUCGCACAACAUCCCGCUGUGCGUACCGUUUUCGGACUUCGUGUUGACGAUGAACAACGGCCGUAUCACGGCUCGAGGCACGCCCAAGGAGCUGAUUGCCGCUGGCAAGUUUGGGGAGGACAUUCAGAGAUCUCGGCCCGGAUCUUCGCACGUCUCCCGGGUCCCCUCAAGGGUACCAUCGAGCAUUGGGGAGAAUAGUGGAGAGACACUAGUCAACGAGGCCGAUGGCACCGACCGCCUCACAAAGCCCAAGAGCUCCACGUCAGAAAAGCCAAAGGCUGCGAUGGAUGAGGACAGGGCCACUGGUGCAGUCAAAUGGCCGGUCAUGAAGCUCUACCUGAGAUCUAUGGGUGCCUGGUGGUUCUGGGCCGUUGCCUUCCUGGUCUUCGGCGUCCAACAGCUCAGCGGUGUCGCGUCGAAUAUCUGGAUCAAGGAGUGGGCCAAUCAGUAUACGAUUGAGGAAACCUCGAAGAUCGAGUUCAACAUGAACUCGCAAAGCUACUCUGCGCAGUCGAUCUCGCCUACCUACUUUGCGUCCAUCGCCAACUACGCAAGGGGCAACGCGACCAUGUUUGCGGCUACCGGGGACGUCGACGUGAACGUUCAGUACUACCUGAUUGUUCUAGCAGUUAUCGGUCUGGCCGGCGCAUUGACCGCUCUCGUCAGAGAUCUCUGGAUCUUUUUGGGCUCGCUCAAUGCUUCUUGGAAGCUUCACAACCGCCUAAUGACCGCUGUGGCCGGCGCAAGGUUCAAGUUCUUCGACGUCACGCCGCUCGGUCAGAUGAUGAAUCGCUUUAGUAAGGAUCUAGAGGCGGUCGACCAGGAAGUGGCCCCGAUUGCCAUCGGUGUCAUGACCUGCGCCCUCGGCAUUAUCGUCACCAUCGUGCUGAUUGCGGCUAUCACGCCCGGCUUCCUGAUCGCCGGCUUCUUCAUCACCGUCGCGUACUGCUUCCUCGGCUCUUUCUACCUGCACAGCUCGCGAGACCUGAAGCGGUUGGAAUCGGUCGAACGGAGCCCCCUGUUCCAGCAGUUCGGCGAGACCUUGAGUGGCGUCACAACCAUCCGCGCCUAUGGUGACGAGAGGCGCUUCGUGCGAGAUAAUCUGGCGAGAAUCAACAAGCAGCUGCGACCGUUUAUCUAUCUAUGGGCUGCUAACAGAUGGCUCUCCUUCAGAACAGAUCUUCUGGGAGACCUGGUAGCCUUCUUUGCCGGCGUAUUUGUCAUCACCAGCCUUGGAAAGAUCGAUGCUGGCUCAGCCGGUAUCUCGUUGAGCUACGCGAUCGGCUUUGCCGAUAACAUCCUGUGGCUUGUUCGUCUCUACUCGGUGAACGAGCAGAACAUGAAUUCUGUGGAGCGCAUCAAGGAGUACCUCGAUGUCGAGCAGGAAGCCGAGGCUAUCGUUGAGAAGAACCGCCCUCCGCAGAACUGGCCCAGCCGGGGCUCGGUCGAGUUCAUCGGCUACUCUACGCGCUAUCGCAAGGAGCUCGAACCCGUCCUUCGGGACCUCAGCUUCAAGAUCCAGGCGCGGGAGAAGGUCGGCAUCGUUGGCCGCACGGGUGCAGGAAAGAGCUCGUUGGCGCUGGCCAUCUUCCGGGCUUUGGAAGCCGAUCAGGGGAAGAUCCUUAUCGACGACAUCGAUAUCGGAUUGAUUGGAUUGCGGGACCUGCGCGAGGCUAUCACAAUCGUGCCGCAGGAACCUACGUUGUUUAUGGGCACGAUACGGAGCAAUCUUGACCCCUUCGAGAUCUAUACCGAUGAGCAGAUAUUUGAAGCUCUCCGCCGUGUGCAGCUCAUCGGCCCUAACGAGUCGACGACGCAACCGAAUACACCCCUCCUUCCCCAGACGCCAGUUAUCGCAACCCCCGAGGGCGAAAACCCUCCAACCCCGACUACGAACAAGAACGUCUUCCUCGACCUCUCAGCCCUGGUUGCCGAAUCCGGCAGCAACCUCUCGCAAGGUCAGCGGCAGCUCCUGUGCCUGGCUCGAGCGCUGCUUAAGAACCCGAACGUCUUGGUCAUGGACGAGGCGACGGCAUCGAUCGACUACGCCACCGACGGCAAGAUCCAGGAGACAAUUCGCGAGCUGCAGAGCACCAUCAUCACGAUUGCCCACCGACUCCAGACCAUUGUGGAUUACGACAAAGUUCUCGUGCUUGACAAGGGAGAGGUCGUUGAGUACGCUCAUCCCUGGGAGUUGAUGCGCAAGAAGGACAGUGUGUUCCGGAGUAUGUGCGAGAUGACCGGGGAUUACGACACGUUGGCGAAGGCGGCAAAGAAGGCUUGGAAAGACACGAGACUGGUCGAUGUGGAUGACGAUGAGGAGGAGAACACAAGCGACAGUCAGAACGGGGCGGACGGGUCGACAACCAGUUCUUAGAAUGGCGAACGGGUUGAAACUCUCCUUGGCGGACUUGCAGAGCAAGUAAGAGACCCCAGCAGUUGAACUUGGUACGAGCUACGAGUCGGGUGAAAAGUGGAAGGAAGCGCAUCUCCUAUAUAUCAUACUCGCCGAUGGGGAUAAGGGUGCAUAUAAUAAAGUCUUUGCAAAUGUACAUGAGAUAAAGUUUCCAGCAGCAUAGGGUGGCGGCAGGCUCUUGUUAGGCUGGGGUUUCUGAUAUUGGCGUUGGCCUUGUCGUGGGGCCUUGUUCAAAAAGCAGGGCAACGUUUUCUCUGAGCCCACGCCUGGCGGCGGGGUUUAGUAUAUUUCGAUUUAAGUUAUUGAAUUUCAUAGAACAAAAGAGAAGAAAACAUAAGUGUUAAA